AUGACAUCGCCAAAAGAAUAUCCCACCCUGCCACGCGAAAACACUCUCGCACAACUGCCCCCCGAAUACCCCACAGACGCUCAGGGUCAAAUCUCCCAGAUCCUAUCAACCUCAUCACUCAAUCGCCUCGUCGUCCUUGAUGACGAUCCCACAGGAACCCAAACCUGUCACGACAUCUCCGUCCUCGCCGUCUGGGACGUCCAAACACUCGUGGAAGAAUUCCAGAGCAACUCGCGCGGAUUCUUCAUCCUCACCAACUCCCGCGCACUGCCCCCAGUCGGAGCAGAAAAACUGAUCCGCGGCAUCUGCGCGAACGUCGCGCAAGCAGCCAAAGCCACCGGACAGACGGUGGAUAUCGUCCUCCGUGGCGAUAGCACGCUACGGGGCCACUUCCCUCUCGAAGCGGACGUGGCGCAGUCGGUGUUUGGGGAGGUGGAUGCGUGGGUUCUUGCCCCGUUUUUCUUCCAGGGUGGACGCUUCACCAUUGAUGAUGUGCAUUAUGUCGUUGAGGGUGAUCAGCUGGUCCCCGCGGGGUCGACGCAGUUUGCCAAAGAUGCGACGUUUGGGUAUAAGAGUUCUAGUUUGAGGGAUUAUGUUAUGGAGAAGGCACCUGGGAGAUUUGCAUCUGAUCAGCUGCAUUCGGUUACGAUAGAUGAGAUUCGAAAGGGGGGUCCGGAGGCGGUUUUUGAGAAACUCAUGGGACUUCCUCAGGGUGGCGUUCUUAUUGUCAAUGCUGCAGCUGAGUCUGAUAUGCACGUUUUUGUUGCUGGGCUGUUGUUAGCCGAAGCAAGAGGGAAACACUACCUUUACCGCACCGGCGCAGCCUUCGUAUCCACACGACUAGGCAUUCGCUCCAAAGCCCCCAUCACGGCAACCGAGCUCAAACUCCCCAACCCCAGAGAGACAGGCGGCCUGAUCAUCGCCGGGUCCUAUGUCCCCAAAACAACAGCUCAGCUGAAGGUACUAACAGACCGACGCGGAGGAACAGGUGAACUAGCCAUCAUCGAAAUGAAAGUAGACGACCUCAUCGCCUCGCCUGAUAGUGCAACGAAAGUCAUCCAACAAGUCGUUGAAGAGACAGAGUCAUACCUUCAAGCUGGUAAAGAUACGUUGGUGAUGACGAGUCGAAAGCUGAUCACUGGAGGCGAUGAGUUGUCGUCUUUGGCUAUUGGGUCUAAUGUUGCAGAGGCUUUGGUGAGAGUGUUGCAGUUGAUACGGGUGCGUCCGCGAUAUGUCAUUGCAAAGGGCGGUAUUACUUCGUCCGACGCCGCUACCAAGGGUCUCAACGUCAAGCGCGCCAUGAUUGUCGGACAGGCUGCACCGGGAGUACCGCUUUGGAGAUGCGAUGAGCCAACUUCUAGACACCAGGGAGUCCCGUUUGUUGUUUUCCCGGGAAAUGUGGGUGGAGAGUCGACUCUGUGUGAACUCGUACAAGGGUGGUAUUGA